AUACUUUUUGCCUUUCGGUCUUCGUCGGUAUCUGUAGUUGCAACCGACUUUUAUAUUUUGUCGGUGUUUUCCCACUUUUCUUUUCGUAAGUUAGGUACAGAUGUGUCAUAAAAAUUCAAUUUUUCGGUUGGGCCAUUCUGUUCCCCCUUUUUAAAAAUUCGAUUAAUCGUGUGAUUCAAUUAUAUAUGCUGCCACGAAUAGGUAGAAAUCGCCCAUUUUGAUUUUAUGAUCGGCUUCUGAGUUCAAUCUUCUUUUGGUGCUGCUUAUCGGAUGAUCAGUUUUGAACCUGCUGCUGUAUUUUGGACAUUGUUGCCCGGGGGGAUUGGAGUUUGUUUUCUUCUGGGCAAUUGGUGUUCUCUUGGAUUUGCCUAUUUGGGGGCCUUGCUUGAUUGCCACAUUGAUUGUGCUGGGGCAUGGCUACAAGUGGGACUUCGUCUGUUAAAGUACAUAGGUGUUCUAGAGGGUUCAGAACUGUUUUGGCUUCUGCUGUCCUAGAAUGGUUGCUGAUUUUUCUGUUAUUCAUUGAUGCAAUUUUUUCCUAUCUGGUGACAAAAUUUGCCCGGUGCUGGGAAUUGCAAAUCCCCUGCCUUUUAUGCUCAAGGCUUGAUCAUGUCCUAGGUAACGAAAAACCGGGAUUCUAUAGAAAUUUAAUAUGUGGUAACCAUAAGUUGGAGAUUUCAUCAUUGGUUCUUUGCCAUAUUCAUGAUAAGCUUGCCGAUGUCCAUGGAGUAUGCGACGAUUGCUUCUUCUCCUUUGCUACAGAGAACAAGUCCAAUGCUGAAACAUACAGGUUGUUGGUGGGGAAAUUGGGAAUGGAUCCUGAACGUUGUGUUGAUGAGGAUCCACUUCUGAACAAUCUUACUCAUGAUUCUUUUAGGACAAGGUCUUGUUCUUGUUGCAAUAACCCAUGUACAAUGAGAUUGUCGGCCGGUAGGUUUCUCCCGACCAGAUUGAUUGCACCUGAGGUUGGAGAACCUGAUGUUCCUUCACUGGGUCCUACAGCAAAUAACCAUUUUCAAUCACUAGGUGGCAUGCAGAACAGAAGAGAGAUGCCAUCUGGGCAGGUGAGAGCUUCUCAUCAAGAGAGUCGUGGCCGUGAUCCUUUGUCUCAUAUAGGGUACACUGAGCUGAAGAUUACAUCUGAUACGGAGUCGGAAGUCUCAUUUUCUGACGACGAUGAUGCAAGUGCUCUGGCUUGUGAACCAGAUGAUCUCAAGGAAGAUUUAAUAUCUCAAUGUGUACAACUGGAGACUCAUCCAGCUAGUCCAGAGAUUUUACCUAAGAAUGCAUCAGGUGAUUUGACCAUAGAGAAGAUGAUCCAUGAAGCUUCUACAUCUGAUCCUUCAGUGUUAAUUUCUUCCAUGCAACUUGAAGUAGAUAAGCCCCAUGAUGUGACAUCUUCUGCACCUGAUGUCGCCAUUGGACAUGGCUUGGAGGAGCUUAACUGGCACCAUGUUGACCAGAGAGUCAGCCCUUCUGCAACAUGUGACCUUAUCUCACUAGAUGAUGUUCCUGCAUCAACCUGUGUGACUGAAGCCCCUAUUGAAGUACUAGGAGACAACUUAGAUGCUAUGGGGACUUCUGAUACUGGGCACACUUCCACCACAGAAAGUGGGGAAGUCUGUGAACCAGGAAGUGGUUCGAUCACAACAACUGGAUUGGAUUUGAAAACAGACCAGGUUUCAAAUGAUCCUAGUCCACUAGUGCCCAAUUCUCUUUCUGACGCAUACAAAUUGGUUGUUUUGGGCAAGGGAAGUCAAGCAUCUGCCCUGCUUGCAGAACAACUUAGCGGGAAGGAUAGUGCAAGAGUCAGUGAAGAUCUGAAGCUGUUGCUGUCACAAGUAUCUGCUGUUCGAGGGCUUGAGUUAUCAGUGAAUGAUACGAGUCCCAAAAUGCAUGAAAAUGGUGAUGAAUUAAAGAUUUCUGAUUCUUCCAGCUCUAUUGGGGUGCAGAUACUUCAAAAGAAGAUCUCGCUCGAAAGAAAUGAAUCUGGGUUUGAGUCUUUGGAUGGAAGCAUUGUCAGCGAAAUUGAAGGUGAAAGUGUGGUUGAUCGGUUGAAACGACAGGUUGAGUAUGACCGGAAAUCAAUGGGUGCUCUGUACAAAGAAUUGGAGGAAGAAAGAAAUGCUGCUGCUGUUGCUGCUAGUCAGGCACUGGCUAUGAUUACUAGGUUGCAAGAGGAAAAGGCAGCACUGCAUACAGAAGCCUUGCAGUAUUUACGAAUGAUGGAAGAACAAGCAGAGUAUGAUGUAGAAGCAUUGCAAAAGGCAAAUGAUCUCCUGGAUGAAAGGGAAAAAGACAUACAAGAUCUGGAAGCAGAGCUUGAAUUUUACAGGGCAAAGUUCCCAGAUGAAUCAGUGUUGGAUGAAGUAAGGGAGUCGACAUGUGAUUUGAGAGGAGUAGACAGGAGAGCGGAGUGUUUAGAUCUAAGUGGCAGUGAUGCUAAUGCCAAUACUCCUUAUUACUCACUAAGGACUAGAGAAUCUGAGAGCCGUAAUAAACCUGAAGUAAUUAUUGAUAUGAACAUUUCAAAAAGUUCAGUAUUAGACUUUGAAGAUGAAAGGUUAUAUAUAUCACAAUGUUUGAAGAAGCUGGAAAAGAGGCUGCAUCUAUUUUCUAAUAAUGGGGUUUGUGUGGAAUUGUCUAAUGGUAGGUAUUCCGAUACCCAUGGAAAAAAUGAUCUGGACGGAAUUCAUCAGAAUGAGUCGGCUCAAGGAACUAGUCAGACAGCAGACAAUGAUUUUUCAGUGCAAAAUGGUAUGUUGCUAACUGAAGGAAACCCUCCUGCUGAAGAAAGACACAAUACUCUAGAUGGGAACCCACUUUGUGUUGAUAAAGAAAAUCAUCAUAUUGAUUGUGAUAGACAGGACUCCACCAUGGCUGGUGGAAUGUAUGUUUUGGAUGCCAUUGGAAAUGAAGUUUCAGACCUGAAUGAGAGGUUGGGGGCACUGGAGGCAGAAAGGAAUUUUCUUGAGCAUGCAAUUAAUUCUCUUAGGAAUGGGGAUGAAGGAUUAAAAUUUAUUCGAGAGAUAGCUCAUCAACUCCGUGAGUUACGGAAAAUAAGCAUGAGAAGAAGAGAGAAAGCUAUUGCUUGAAUUUUUGUCAUGUUGACCUGAAGGUAAAUUUUGCUACUGUCUUUAGUUCUCUGUCAUUGUCUUAUCCAUUUAGCUAACUAUAUGAGAAUAUCUUGUUACUUCAUUCAUUAAUUUGAUUUGAAAUACCUGGAAAAUUAUGACAAUCUAGUUUAUACGUGUUCAUUUGGAAGAUCAUACUUCAGCCUUUUCUGUGCAUAAUCAGUGCUGU